GCUCUUGGGUCAUUUGCAGGGGUGGGGAUACAAAUGCCUGGGUUCAUUUCCAGCAUCUUUGCUGAAUCAUUGUGAUCCUGGGGAGACUUCUUCCACCGUGAGCUCGCUGGCUCCUCUGUGAUGGAAACUAGCAAUUCCCGGUUUCUGCUGCCGGCCCGGGCCCCUCUCUGCCUGGGCUCUAGGAGGGAUUUCUGCCCCGGUCUUGCUGUGGCUCCGCGGUCCAUAUAUGUGCUGAGCCCCACUGGUGUGUGCAGGGAGGCUUAGUAUUUCUGACAUCUGCAUUCCUCCAAAACUGUUUGGAGGCACGUUUCCACAUGGAGACAACUACUGUUUAGUUUCACAGAAGCAAAAUACAGCAUUAAAACCCAAAGGUUGGCACGAGUGCUGAAAGCCUGGGUACCUUGGGUUGCUUCAGCAACACAGCGCCGGCAGGACCGGGCUAGGUACAAGCGUCUUCCUUUGGCUCUCGUGAGAGGAGGGCCAAAGUGAUUUUGUGAUGUGGGCUCUUCAAACAAGUAGCAAUUAAAAUAAAAGUUUGGAACCUGGACUUAAACCAGGAUGUCAUAGAGCUCCUCAGGGGAGGUAGGGAAACUUUAGGAGCUUGGAAUUUAUAGUGAAGCAUUUACACAUAAAGGAGUGAAAAUGCUGAGUGGCUGGCAUGAGUGGUUUUCCCUCCUGCCUGAGGUGAAGACUAAAUACUAGUGAAAAGCAAGAACUAAGUUAAUUCUAAAUAAGCUGUAUUAGUCAUUAUAAACUUGACAUGUACAGAAGGUGACAGAUGCUUUUCUUUAGUGAAGCUGAUCUGCUGAGUUCCCAGAAGGUUCAGUACCUGGUUGUUUUAAGAGCUUACCUCCUCCUCGCUCUCUUGGUUAGGGUAGCACAGUGCUCGAGCCUCAUGGGUUUGCUCUGCAGUUUGUCAUCUUGCUGUACAGUUUGGUGGAGUACAGUCAUCACUGGUGCUAGCUUAGUUUUUGUCAGUACAAGUGAGUUACCGAUAAUGAUUUACAAUAAAAAAUUGCAUUUCACAUGCCGUGACUGGCUGGGGAAUAGAGAUUGUCCAUGUACAGCGUAACUGUACAGAGGGCAGGAGUUUGUUCUCAUCUUUGAUGAUCUAAAUGUGAAAGGCUCACUAAGUGGGUGAGUAGCUUGAAAUACCGAGUAUGUAUAUACAUAUAUAUAUAUAUCUGUAUAAGUAGCUUUGCUCUUUAUAAUUUUUCAGUUGCCAUUGGUAGAAUUCCUGUCAACUCUUAUAUUGACCUAGAGAUAUAAAUCUAAGGUAACUGUUGAAGUUAAUCAGUUUGUGUGGAGCUUAAACAGCUUGUGUUGUAAUAUAGGUACCAAACUGUUAAAGACUAGCGCCACAAGUAAAUCCUUUAAUUCUUUUGUUGGAAAAACUAGAUGAAAAAUGUUCAGAGCAAAUCAGGUGCUGCCUGCCUCUUUAACUUUUAACUGUUAGGUGUAUUUCUGCUGCUCCUCCUUCAAGUAACUGCAUGUGACAACCAGUGCAGUGAUUUUCUCCAGGUGCAGUGUGUAGCUUUUGGCCUUGAUCAAAUGCAGUGUGGUCCCAGCUGGCAUCUCCUGGCCUGUGUGUUGGUUCACAGAUGCAGAUGUUCAGCUGACUCUUACUUGUUUUCUCUGCACUUGCAAAAUAGUUGCACGUUAGCAGCUCUGCUCCGAGAGAAGCCCUGCUGAAGUUAAUGGGGACUACCUGCUGGCAGUAGCGUUGCUGGUAAAUAGCCUAGUAAUCCUCUAGGUCAUAACAUAUGAACUAAAAGUGAGCAUUUUCUAAAUGCAGGUAUCCAAUUUUGUAUAUUAAAUGUAUAAAAUGAUGACUGGAGUGCUUUUCUUCAAAGGUACUUGCUUCUCAUUGUGCCUUUCUAGUUUUGGAUGUGCUUGGUGCUGGGCUACAGCAGCAGCUGUGAUGACUGCGUUAAUGCUGUGUAUCUUCUCCCCGCUUGCAGAAGCAGAUUAACGAAAGUAGGGCUGUGGUUUGACAUGAUCAGUGCACUUCUGCUCUCAGCAAAGAAUGAUAUCCUGUUUGGCUUAAAUGGUGUCAGCAGUUGAUGUGGCUGAAUUUCAUCUAAAAUAAGUAUUUCUUUUGGUUAUUAAAGGUAGGUUGUUUUGGGAGCAGAUGACAUGCAGCUGUAUAUCUGCUAGCUGAAUGUGAGUAGUAGCAGUGUUAGCAAGGCUGUCCCUGGGUGCUGUGUGUUGUGUGAAACAGGGACAAGAGCUGGCUUGAGGCUGCCUGUCCCAGGGUAUGGAUGGAGUGAGUGUCUGCCCACCCCCACUGAUGCAUCACUGUAUUUCAUUCAGGAAGAAUUUAAAGCGUCGUUGAAAGGGUGUAUGUCCCCACCCUUCUUGUGAUGUGGUUUGCUAGUCCUUAUCUCGGGUUGUACCUGAACAGAGCUAUUGUUGCCUGUGAAGUUGUCUCCCCAGCUGAUGAGGGAAGCAGCAGGCAGUUGUGAUCACACUUGGACAUUUUAGGAUGGCUUCCCAGUAUCAUCCCUUUGCACUGAACAUCUCGCUCCAGCACCAGCUUUGCCAGGGGUGCCUGUGUGUGCCUAGUGAUUCAGGGUCCUUACACAAAAAUCAGUGAGAUUUCUUGAUGCCACUUGUAUGUUGAGGGCUGGGUUUGUUUAAGCUAAUUGCUGUCGUAAAUUAUUCACUCCGGUGUUAUAUAGCAGUGCUGUGAUCAAAGAUUAUUUCAUGCCUUUGUACAGACAGGCAGUGUCAUCUGUUUCUUUCACUGAUAAAGUCUUGAUUCAUCUGUAGCGUGGACUUAGAUGCUGACCAAAAUAACAUGGUGUCUGUCCACCAGUUUAAAUAAUUCUGGACAUCUGUCUAUCUCUGAAAUAUUCUGAAUGUAUAAUUCCGGUUAAUUUUAUUAAGCAGCAGAUCUCAUCUAUCAUGAUUUCUAGUGCAGUUUCUGGCUGGCUGCAUAGUUUCAUUUUCAAGUGAAUGUUUUCCUUGAAUAUCAGAAACUGGUACCAGUCUCUCCUAUGGUUUUAAUGCAUCUGCAUGUUAUGCUUGACCAGAAUGAUGCUUGUAAGUGCUGGAAUUUAAAAGAUCUGGGCUAUUGAUGAACAGUUAAGAGCUUUACUUAAGUGAUGAUUGCAAAUAAAGAAAACUUGAGUGAAUUAACUUCUUGAUUUGUGAGCAGUUAAAAAAAAAUAAUUACAGAGGCUGGCAAAAGAGCUGGCAUUCCAGGUUUAUCUGCUGUUGGGGUGUGUGUUGUAUGCUUUAAUGUACUUUCUUGAGGCAUGCUCUGUCUAAUUUGUAAAAAUAGGAUCCUGGUAUGACUAGUUCUGUAUCUUAGUAUUCCUUACUCUUCUGUUGUCUGACCUCACUAUUUUCAUAUACCGAUUUUGUUUUUUCUGGUCUUUAAUACAUCUGAGAUGCAGCUGAGGCUGUGCUUGUGCUGCCAGCCCCCAAAGGCCUGACUUGCUGGAUGCUGUUGUGCCCAGGCUAUGGGUUUGUGCAGGGUAGCAGAGCCCAGAGAGCUGUGGCAUGUGCUGCCUUGUUCUGUGGUGAAUGAGACCAUCCAAUCUCAUUAGCUAGGAAUGAGAGGGGCAACUGAUCUUUUUGGUUGGGAAUAACCUGUGACCCUUCAGUUGUUUUGGAAUGUAGGGCUCUGGCUCGGCUAAGUCUUCGUGCUGCUUUUAGCUGGGUGAAUGCGUGUUGAAGUUUGCUAGUAAAGAGGAUGGGAGCAGAAGUCCUGGUAACUGUGUGGUCUUUAAGAUGUAAAAAUAAACAAAGCUGAGAAGCUGUACCCUACUUAAAACAGACUGACCUAAAUUUUCAGCAGUUCUAGCAGAGAGGCAGGCUCUGUGUAGGGAUAGAGGCUUAACGACGACUGGUUUCCCUCUCCAUACAUUGCUUGACGUGGUUGAGAGGCCACCUUUGGAAAAUCUCCACUGGUGUCUAGGGUCAUUUGCUCCCACCGCUCCCCUCAAGUUGCACAACCCGGCCUGUGGAUUUCCCUUGUUGUGCUUGUGUGGAGAGAGUCCCCUUGUUUAUGCAAGUCAGCAGUUCAGUGGUCUUCUGGGAAGUUACGGCCUGAACCGCUCCUCAAAUUGCUUUUGUCGAAGCGUUGUUGAAAGCAUGUUUGAUGUCCUCUGGCUUGUCCCUAAAGAAAUUGCUUUGGAGAAUGCGUAUGUGUCUCUGAAGUCCAUUCAUACUCUUUGUCUGUAAGUUAAUGUUCUUGCUAUCAAUUGCAGUUCUCCACUACUGAAUUAUUAAUUCUGCAGUGAGAUUUUUUUUUUCUUCUUACUGUUCAUUGACUUUCAUGCUUGAUUUAUUCUUCUGUGCAGUUUUGAAACUGGAGCAUGGGAAUUUUGGCUAAUAUUAAUGGAACACAUGUAUGACUUCACUGGUGGUGGCCAAAUAAACUUUUUAAUUGGAAAAGGACAUCCGUCUUUCAAAGUACUCACUGUUUCCCAGGGAGAUAAUAGGAGGUGAAUCGUGUAUCCUUUCAGCAGCCUUCUGUUAAACUUGGAAUACCACAGUUCAAGCAAUUGAACAGAUGGAUAAUGGAGACUGGGGAUAUAUGAUGACUGAUCCAGUCACGCUAAAUGUGGGUGGACACAUGUAUACGACAUCCCUCACAACUCUAACGAGAUAUCCUGACUCAAUGCUUGGGGCCAUGUUCAGGGGAGACUUCCCCACUGCCAGGGACUCUCAGGGCAAUUACUUUAUUGACAGAGAUGGACCACUUUUCCGUUAUGUUCUUAACUUUUUAAGGACCUCAGAGCUCACUUUGCCACUGGACUUCAAGGAGUUCGACCUGCUUCGGAAGGAAGCGGACUUCUAUCAGAUUGAACCGCUAAUUCAGUGUCUUAAUGACCCCAAGCCGCUGUAUCCCGUGGAUACCUUUGAGGAGGUGGUGGAGCUGUCCAGCACCCGGAAGCUUUCCAAGUAUUCCAACCCGGUGGCUGUAAUCAUCACGCAGCUCACUAUCACGACGAAAGUCCAUUCGUUACUGGAAGGCAUUUCAAACCACUUCACAAAGUGGAAUAAGCAUAUGAUGGACACCAGGGACUGCCAGGUUUCCUUCACUUUUGGGCCAUGCGAUUACCAUCAGGAAGUGUCGCUCAGAGUCCAUCUCAUGGAGUACAUCACAAAGCAAGGCUUCACGAUCAGGAAUACCAGAGUUCAUCAUAUGAGCGAGCGUGCCAAUGAAAACACAGUGGAGCACAACUGGACUUUCUGUAGAUUGGCACGGAAAACAGAUGACUGAUUCUGACUCCACAGGAGCCGCUUGGUGAUUAGCAACUUAAUUGGACAGUAAACCCAAGAGAGUCUGGAUUUUGACUAAAGCAACAAUGUGGGCUUUUUUUUUUUUUAUACGACUAUUUAUUGUUUAUCAGUAAGGACUGGAGGAGUUUCGUUCUCUAGCAGCUCUGUCCUUUUGUCCUGUUCAGAAAAAAACCAUGCAUGUGCCUGUUUAGUCAAGACACCUUUUUGUUUGAAAGAGGGAGUCCGAAGAAUUAGUACAAUAGGGUAUUUUGUGUCAUUAACACAAUUCUCUGACUCGACUUAAAGUGCUAAAAUUACCUCCGUUUAAAUAGUUUCUAAUUCAUCUAAUGCUACGACACUGGGAGCAAGAAACAAAAUGAGUUUAAAAUGCAGCUGGGGAAGAGCUGCUAUCAUGUAGACUAAUUUAGUUUCUAAAUAAACAAACAGUAUUGUAAUAUUAUAGGAAAACAAAUCCACCCUUUGAAAGUACUUGAUAAGUACAGUUUCUUACAGUUAUGACAACUGUUUCUUUCUAUGCAUAUAAAUCAAGCAACCAAAUAUUAUCUGUAGCCAUGGAAAUAUGAUUAGAAAUAUUUAUAUUGGAUUCUAAAUGCAAAAUGUCCCUGUGGUAGAAUUCAUAUUUUUAAUGCCUGGUGCAAUAUUAUUCCCAAGUGUAAUGCCUGCCAGCAAGAAGCUAAUAAAAAUGUGAAAUACAGAAUAA